GAAAUCAUUAAUCUAAUGUCUCACUACUGUCACCAAUAUGAUGUAUGUUGUGUUAAUGUCGCAAGAGUCACUCAUACUAAUGACUUCAACGCUAUUAGGGAAUGAAGCGAUGUUUCUGUUGUUAUCAUAAUUGAUGGAGCAUUCGUUCUCCGGCUUGAGUGGUGUACGUGGUCCCUGUCGCCAUGGCGUCCCCAACGACACUCUUUAAUAAUUUAGUUCAAGAAGAAGAAAAUUGCUACAUCGAUACUGUAUCGAAGGCCUACCUUUGGAUGGAAGUGGUGUUAGGCCUCAACAGGCUGGUCUUAUCCCUUAAAAUAAAACCGUAUUUUAUUUUAUUGGCAUUUGCGUACAGUAUUUUUUGCUUUGCCAUUGUAAUUUACAACGCAUUCUCUUUUUACCCUUUGUUCAUGGGUGACCAUCUUGACAUAGGGUUAGAUAUCAUACACUAUCUAUUGGGUGUCGUAUUGAGUUCAAUAGUUUGGAAGCGAUUACAGCAUUAUUAUCUGAAGUUACAGUAUUUUGACACGACAAUCGGUUGCAGACCAAAAAUAUCAUCGUCAUCAGUCAAAAACUUAAUUCUUUUGUGUAUUGCGGUAUCUCUGUCGAUUCUUAUAGUACCGUAUGAAUGGUAUAUGUUCGACAAACUUGUCUUUUCACUUAUACUUUUACCGGUGCGUCUUUUAUUUCUAAUUGAUAUUCAUUUCUACGGACACCUGCUGAGCCUGCUUGUCCCGCGACUCCGACUGAUCAAUUAUUAUAUGAAAAUGUCAUUGAGCCACCAAAGUAAAGUGAUAGCUCCAAAAAUUGAAGAAUUGACAUUCAAGAGUGUUAUUUUGGAGUCUCAAAAUUGUCAAAUGAAAAAACUGAUGGACCUUUACUGUAUGAUAAUCAACGCGUACGACCUACUCAUUGAUGCUAUCAAGUGGCAGUUUGUAAUGGUGCUAACUGCGUUGUUUAUGUCCAUUCUUAUUUUUUCAUACAACACCGCUUUGAUUGUAAUACGUAGCGAAGUAAGUACAUUGUCUAUUAUUAUUUAUUUAUCAGAUUUGUUAGUAGUGUAG